CUAUUUUUAGGACCUGCUGCCGCAAGCCGCAACCCGCCCACGUGUUUGGGUCGCAACGUCUGGGUACCUAGUGUACCGGUAGUGUUUGUCGGCGACGAUGCUAUGUACUGUAAUGCUAGAUCAGGAAUGCGCCACACCUAACAAUAACGGCCUCUCUUGCACCGUCAACGGAUUCUGCGUAGCCGAUGUGCUGCGCCGCUUCCUUUGUCAUCGCACCGUUGGGUUGAUUGUAUACACAAAGUGAGAAGAGUGAGAUAAUUAUGUCGAGGGAGAAAUUGAACAUGUCUUUGUCUCGCUUUCUUUGGCAAAACCGAAACUGGUGCUGUUCCUGCGGCAGAUCAUCUCCAGGAUAUACUAGACUCCAAGAACGAUAAGCCAUGUCGAAACGCAGUGUCUUCACUACUGUCACGCCGCUACCAUCCGGCAUCACGCGCCAGAUCGUCCUCGACUUCCUCCAUAACCAUGAGGAGAUGAUCGACCUGAACCCGCUGGUCAAGGAGCGUCAUCCGAUCCCAACGCCGCCUCAUGCAGCGGCGGACGAGCAAGAUUGCCAAUGGUACUCGCUGACGGACAAGAUAUCCUACCUGCCUGGAGGGCUCGUAACAGGCGAUGUCACGUAUACCUGCGCAUUCCACGAUCUGCCGACUGGCCUGCAAACACACUGCUAUGCGCCAGCCGGCCUGACCAUCCGCGACAAAUGGACCGUCGGCGGUUCCCUCCCGAAUGAGCCUCCCCAGCCUACCGAGCUUGGCCUCAGGGCGCCACCAACAGGGCUCUACCUGCGUGAAGACGUCGACAUGCGGUGCAAUGUCAUCAUGGCGAGCUUUGUCAAGAAGACACUCAAAAGGUCGCACGCUGCGUUGGUGGAGCAGCUAACCAUCAAGGCCGAAAUCGCCAGUUCUAGCAGCAGCCGG